AUGGAUAAUCCUUUUCCGGACAGCGCUGUUCCAGUCCCUUUGACUGCAUUCGUUGAUGUCCGCCGCCCCAAACUCGACCAACUUUCCCUCAACCAACAGCCGAGUAAUGUUAUCAAACAAAUCGGCAAAAAGGUGCAAGAAUUGAAAAAAGGGCAGUUGAAUUUCACUCAAAAAGUGAACCAACUCAAACGGAAGCAAGUUAAAAUUAGCCAUCGAGUUUUAAAAGUGCUUCGGCGCCAGGAAGUGCAUCGGCGAUCCGGUUUUGCAAUCGGCGCAGACGAAGAGGUGUUGCACUGUGAGUGGGAACGAACUUGGGCCGAACUUACCUCCCUGCGUGGUCUCCGGGUGCUGUUUCAGGAUGCUUUGUCCAACUUCAAACUGAACACACAUGGACCCGAUGCGGCAACAAACAGAACUCCCUGA